CUACCACGGGUUUACUGUUCAGUGGCAACGUCAGUAAGCGCAUUCUUUUCACUUGCACUGGACUGCACUACCUUGGAUUCCACGCAAGACGGGUUUUCGGGAGGUGCACUUUCCAGCUGAAGGGAACUUUAUUAGUAAUGCCUUUCUUUUCAACAGGAAAGCGCAGCACGCAAAUAACCCAGUUCAGAUCUGGUGCAGGAGGUGCAAGCGAAGAGAAUGCACCUAGUGAUCACUACGAUCCGGCGCAAUAAAUAAAUUGAAUAAUUUUCCAUCGCGGCAUAUUAUUUACCCAAAAUAUUUUAUAGCCGUUGUAUCCUUCAUUCCAUGGCACACGACAACUAUCAGAGCUGGCACUUUAUCUCGUCAGAAGAAUGCCAGAUAAGAUCGAUAAGAUAGGACAUAGAUAAGCGAACGAGCGAACAUCCAAAGUAUACGGAACAUCUUUCAGCGUGAGAAUGAACGCUCGUUUACUAACGUUGUCAACAGUAGCAGUUUUCUGCUUCGUCAACGCCUGGGCAUCACCACGCAACUGGCCUGUAGUCGUAAACACAUGGGACUUUAUCAACGCAACUAGGAGAGCCUGGUCUGUUGUAACAACUGAAAAUGGUACUGCACUCGACGCAGUGGAGCAGGGAUGCUCACUGUGCGAGGUUGACCAGUGCGACGGUACUGUUGGAUACGGAGGUAGCCCCGAUGAGUCCGGAGAGACUACGCUCGAUGCACUUAUUAUUGAUGGGACGAGUUACUCGAUGGGAGCCGUGGGGGACCUUCGCAGAGUAAAGCAGGCAAUUUCAGUCGCGAGAAAGGUUAUGGAACACACAAGACACACAUUUUUAGUCGGAGACCAAGCUACAGCAUUUGCUGUGAGUAUGGGCUUCAAGGAAGUGUCUCUCUCCACCAAUCAUUCGAAGCAAAUGUGGACCGACUGGAGGAGAGGCCACUGCCAGCCUAAUUACUGGAAGAACGUGCUUCCAGACCCGAAAACGUCCUGUGGGCCGUACAAACCAAUACCUCCAAAACGAACAACACGGUCGACGUCUGCAAGUGCAGACAACCACGACACUAUAGGAAUGAUUGUCAUUGACACUGAAGGUCGUUUGGCAGCUGGAACGUCCACCAAUGGCAUGAAUCACAAGAUCCCUGGCAGGGUAGGGGAUUCUCCUAUUCCCGGAGCAGGUGCUUAUGCAGACAGGGAUGUGGGAGGUGCGGCAGGCACUGGAGAUGGAGACAUUCUCAUGAGGUUUCUACCCAGCUACCAGGCAGUAGAAUGCAUGCGAAGAGGCCUGUCUCCCACAGAUGCGUGCAGAGAGGCUCUUUCUCGUAUCGUACGCCACCAUCCCAACUUUGUGGGUGCCCUCGUGGCCGUCAACAUCAAUGGGACAUACGGUGCCGCCUGCCAUGGCAUAGAAGAGUUCCCAUUUUCCGUGGCUGACUCGCAUCAUGGAACUGCUGUCACCAAGAAAAUCUGCCGUGUCGACUGAGCACUCCAAAUGCACGAGAUAACGUUUUGCAUAUUUUGUGGUACAUUUUGAGGCACAUUUAAUUGCUGACUAGUAUCAUGCUUCAAACUGGGUAUUUAACAUGUGGGAGCUCCAUACACCAUUUCUGCAUCUCCAGAGGAAAGAGAUUUCAGACAACCAUAAGGGGGAGCAGAACUGUUUGUAUUUAAGGUUUCAUGAAAUGUCAAUAAAAUUGCAAACAAGCGGGUUUCAUUGAAAAUUUGCAGAUGUAAGGACAGUGGAAAUACUGUUUGUGAAUGCUGGAUUUGAUUCUUGUGCAAAAUGAAAUACAUUUGACCAUUGUGGA